AUGAUUGAGCAACAAUUGAAACCUGGCUACUUGGCCAAAUCAAUUUUGCAUCGAUCAGUGAAAAAAGUUACACCCAAUAGGGCUUUACAAGCUAUGCAGGGCUAUUUUAGACUGUUUAGAGAACAUUAUACAAAUCGAGUUCAAGUUAAUAUAGCAGAAGAAUUAACAUUGGUAACAUCAAUUGCAGAAGCAUAUACAAAGGAUGAAUGUUAUACACUUUUUAAUGCAGGAAUCGUAUUAUUCCCUGAAAUUAUGUUUAUAGAUUUUCGAAAACUUCAAAAAAUAAUAUGUUUAAAAAAGAGACGACUUAUCAAAGCCUUACAAGAUUCAUCUUUUACAGAAAUUGCAGAAUUACCAACAAAAUUUAAAGAAAGAUUAUUCGAUCUUGGUUUCAUAGACUCAAUUAGAUGGAAAGGAUAUUCUUUCCAGGAAUCAUUAGAGUUUUACUACUUAGUUGUUCCACGAAGCGCCUUAUUUAAUCCUUUACCAGAAGAUUUAGGAGAUAUUCUCUCGAAUCUUACUAAAAAGAAAUCCUCAAUAUCAGUUAAAUCAAUGGAGCCUGCUAAAUCUGACUUUGAAUCACCAAUUCUCUCUCCCAAAGAAAUUCCAGAGAAAAAUAUUGUUGAUAAUAUCUUAGAAGAAAUUGAGAAGAGCCAUGAUCAAGACGUACCAAAGAAUGAUGAUAAACAUGAAGAAGAGGAAGAGGAGGAAGAAGAUAUCGAUGAUGACGCUAUGUUUGGUAGGUUUAUGGAUGAUCAGGUUUUAUAA